UAUUUGAAGGACACCAUCCAAUUCCACAACCAAAUGAUUAUAAUUUUUCAUAUCAUCUUCAUCCAUCACCACCAUAUAAACUUGGACCUGAAAAUAAUGAAAUACUUCACUUUGGCGAUCCUGGCGCAACAAAUGAUUUUCCCAUGUAUCCCAUAACUCAUCCAAAAAGAAAGAUUGAUGUUGUCAUUGGAUUUGAUUGUUCAACCAGUGUCGUUGAUCAUAAAGUUUUUGAUGAGGUACAAGAUUUUUUCUGUGAUCGAAGAGGUUUCAAUAGAACUACUCGUAUCGUGACUAAUAAAUAUUGUGAAGUUCAUGAUUUCAUCCCAACCGAUAAAACCAAUGAUGAAUUUUUACCUCCCGCGCAAAAACAAUUUGUAUUAUGUUACUUGCGAUAUCUCCAAAAUGAUAAGGUUGAUCCUAAUUUUGAACCUGCUACAGCGAGCUUUUCUACUCGCUUUAAUUUCGAUUAUUCCACUGCUCAAGUUGAUUUAAUGACUAGAUUAGCAAAAGCAAAUUGGUUGGAAUCCGAAAAACAAGUUAAAGAAAUUAUCAUUGAUACUUGGAAUAAAAAGAGAGAUGCAAGAUUGAAUGGGGUUAAUUUUCCAUAA